CGCGCCGCGCGUGACGUCAGGGCGGUGGCCAGGUCGCCCUGCGAGUGGCGGUAGCGGCCCAGGAGCCUGAGCUGCGUCCUCUUCCUCUCCUCCUGGUUCGCGUGCGGCUGCCCGCCCGAGCGUUCUCAGGUGAAGAGAUGGCAUUUGUGAAGAGUGGAUGGUUGCUGCGACAGAGUACUAUUUUGAAGCGCUGGAAGAAGAAUUGGUUUGACCUGUGGUUAGAUGGUCACCUGAUCUAUUACGAUGACCAGACUCGGCAGAGUAUUGAGGAUAAGGUCCACAUGCCAGUGGACUGCAUCAACAUCCGCACAGGGCACGAAUGUCGGGAUAUUCAGCCUCCAGAUGGGAAGUCAAAAGAUUGUAUGCUGCAGAUUGUUUGCCGAGAUGGGAAAACUAUCAGUCUUUGUGCAGAAAGCACAGAUGAUUGUUUGGCCUGGAAAUUUACACUCCAGGAUUCCAGGACAAACACAGCGUACGUGGGCUCUGCAGCCAUGACUGACGACACAGCUGUGGUUUCUUCCCCUCCGCCGUACACGGCAUAUGCCACACCCACCCCUGAGCAGGCAUAUGGCUAUGGUCCAUACGGUGGUGUGUACCCACCAGGAACUCAAGUUGUCUAUGCUGCGAAUGGGCAGGCAUAUGCUAUGCCCUACCAGUACCCCUAUGCAGGGCUUUAUGGACAGCAGCCUACCAACCAAGUCAUCAUUCGUGAGCGGUACCAAGACAAUGACAGUGAUCUGGCGCUUGGCAUGCUGGCUGGAGCGGCCACGGGCAUGGCCUUGGGGUCUCUGUUCUGGGUCUUCUAGAGGCCUUGAGAUGUUGAUGUGCAUAGCGAUACCCUGUGUGCAAUAAUAUGAUUUGCAGGGCAUUUUUGUUUGUGGCAAAUGUUUCUAAUAAUAGUUUUAAUAGUUCUUUUGAAAGUAGUGAUGCCAUAAUUGUAAUUAGUCCACAGAAGUAUCAUAGAGAAA